CUUCUCCAUUAUAUAUAACACAGUGAUCGAAAAAUAACUGAAAACAAAACAAAAUACUCCGAUUAGAGUUCCGGCGACCGUUACUGCGUCGGAGAUAUUUUCUGUUUAAAAUUUUCACUACUUUUGAAAUUUUCCGUUGAACGUUACAAUGUUUCUUUUUGAUUGGUUCUAUGGAAUUCUUGCUUCCCUUGGUUUAUGGCAAAAGGAGGCGAAGAUUUUGUUCUUAGGGUUAGAUAAUGCUGGGAAAACCACUUUGCUUCACAUGCUCAAAGACGAGAGAUUAGUUCAGCAUCAACCAACUCAAUAUCCAACUUCGGAGGAAUUGAGCAUUGGGAAGAUAAGGUUUAAAGCUUUUGAUUUAGGUGGUCACCAGAUUGCUCGUAGGGUCUGGAAGGAUUACUAUGCUCAGGUGGAUGCUGUAGUCUACUUGGUUGACGCAUUUGACAAGGAAAGAUUUUCAGAAUCAAAGAGGGAGCUGGAUGCUCUUCUUUCUGAUGAGUCACUAGCAAAAGUACCUUUCCUUAUCUUAGGAAACAAGAUUGACAUUCCUUAUGCUGCUUCAGAGGACGAGUUACGUUAUCAUAUGGGCUUGACUAACUUCACUACAGGCAAGGGCAAGGUUACUCUUGCUGACUCCAAUGUCCGUCCAUUGGAGGUUUUCAUGUGUAGUAUUGUCCGCAAGAUGGGAUAUGGUGAAGGCUUUAAGUGGCUUUCUCAGUAUAUUAAAUAGGAAAAGAAGUCAAGUGUGCUCGUAGUUCUUGAUUUUAAUCUUUUUGAUGCAGUUUCAACAUUAGCAUCGUAGUUUUAUACGUCUUUGCUCAUGUAAAUUGGAUAAUAAUACUUAAAAUGGUAGUUUUACUUUUUCUUAGUUAUGAAAUAUUAAUUUAGCAGUUGAAAAUAUUGUCUUGCAGUCUAUAUCAGGUUACUGAAGUUGCAGAAUUAAUAAUAGUGUCUUGAAUGUUA